AUUUCUAAGAAAUUCCCACUCUAAUUGUAUAGUGUUAACUAGAAAAUAAGUGAUUUUUGGCGUAUAUAUAUAAUGAGAAAAUUUGAAUAAUAUUCACUAUAGUCUUUUUACUCUCAGUAUAAGGAACAUCUAACAAAAUGUUUGAACUUAAAACAUUUAAAGUUUCAACUUCUCUUUUUCUGCUAUUUUUAUGUGAAGGCCUAUUUUCGACUUCAGCAUCAAUAUUUGUAAGAGAGAAUCCUGACCGUACUGCUCCUGAAUAUAAUGUUGACAUUUUGGCGAUGAAUUUUCUAUCACCUUUAAAUGUAUUGGAUGUGAAUGGUUAUACAAUUAAGUAUAAUGCAGAAAUUGGUCUAGAAGAAUAUUCACAGAAUCUAAAAAAAUCCUAUGAACCAGUUAUUAAAAGGAUUAUUAAUGGCACUCAACAAUAUUACUUAGGAUACAAAGUAAACGUAGAAUUUGGAGAAAGCAAUUGUACUAAAGGACAGAAAAUUAAUUGCGUUUUAAAACAGAAUGGGGAGUCUGAAAAGUGUACUGUUAUAGUUUCUAGGACAUUAGAGGUAGUAUGUCCUUUACAAAACUACUGCAGUGCUAUUGAAGUUGGAGUAGAUAAAAAUGAGCUUCCUAUAGCUCAAGUUGAGCUGUUUGGAAAUGAUAUUAUGGAAUCUGCACAACUUGGUUUGGAGGAAUAUUCCAAGAAUCUAAACAAGCCCUAUAAACCAGUUCUAAUCAGCAUUCAUCGCGCUUAUCAGUAUGCCCAUAACAACAUAAAUAGUGCACAUUAUAAAAUACAUGUUAGUUUUGGAGAAAGAUUGAAAGAAGAAUGUAAGGAACAGAGAACUAACUGCGGGGAAUCCGAAGAUUGUAUCGUCGAAGUCCUGUACAAACAGAAAUGUUCAGGUCCUCCAGAGCUCAAGAAAGUUUCUUGCCCUUUAUUGUAAUAUGAAAUUAAAAUAUUUUCAUUUUACAAUGCUUUUUACAUGCAUUAUCUUUAGAAUCAAUUUAAAAUAUAAAUUUUUGUAAUAAUGACUUUUUAUUAUAGAACGACUUCAAGUAAACAUUAUUAUGUGUAUAAAUAUGUGAAAUUUUGAAUAAAAAUUUAGUUUCAAAUAUCGAAA